GGCGGCAGCGAGCGGCGGCGGCGGCGGCGGCAGAUGCUGCGGCGGAGCCCGGCUCUCCUUCGGCCACAGCCCGCGGCCGGGGCGCCCGCCAGGCGCGCUGCGCUACGGCGCCGCCGCGCAGCCCUCGCCAGCCCCAGCAGCAGCAGGAGGAGCAGCGGCGGCAGCAGCAGCACCGGGAGGAGCAGGACCAGCAGCAGCAGCAGCAGCACCGGCAGCCCUGCGCCUCGCCCCGCGGGGCGGUGGGGGCCGAGCCCCGGCGCUGUCCUGCGGCGGAGCCCCCCGGAGCCGGCUGGGCGCGCUCACGGGGGCGCAGCGGGGAGGGGGGGGAUGAAGCCGAAGGUGCUGCAGCUGGGCAAGGUCAGGACCUUGCGGUGAAGACCGGGGCCGUCGCUCGCCCCCCCUCCCCCCCCCCUUUUUUUCCUUUCCUAUCCUUGGAGUGAGGAUUUGCUGUUGGGUUUUGGAGGCUGCUCGGGAGGACGCAGGGGGAAGCGGCGCCGAUCGAAGCUAUGCCUGUGCCAGACCAGCCCUCGUCUUCUGAUAAGACAAGUUCCCUUAGUCCUGUGUUGAACACAUCCAACGGCGAUGGCUCGGAAACUGAGACGACCUCUGCCAUUCUAGCUUCAGUUAAAGAACAGGAACUGCAAUUUGAGAGACUGACUCGAGAACUUGAAGCUGAACGUCAGAUUGUAGCUAGCCAACUGGAGAGAUGUAAGCUUGGAUCAGAAACUGGAAGCAUGAGCAGCAUUAGUUCAACGGAAGAGCAGUUUCACUGGCAAACACAAGAUGGUCAGAAGGAUAUAGAAGAUGAGCUCACUACUGGUCUGGAGCUGGUGGACUCCUGUAUUAGAUCACUGCAGGAAUCAGGGAUACUUGAUCCACAGGACUAUUCAGCCAGUGAAAACACCACGGAAGAGUCAGCUAGUUCCUUGAAAACUAGGAGAGACUGCGAUCAGAGAUGGCAUAGGGGAGGAUUAGGGCCCAGCCUCCUGUCCCAGAGUGCUCUCCAGCUCAACUGCCAAGCCCGAGGGCUCCUUCCAGUACUCGGCCAGCUACCACAGCAACCAGACCCUCGCCCUGGGUGAGACGGCAGCCGCCCCGCUCCCAGGCCCGCAGCGCCCAGGCCAGAGGUGCCAUCCAGAGCUACAGCCAGUUAAGCUCCGCCAUCGGCACUUACGCCACUCUGUCGCCCACCAAGCGGCUGGUUCACGCCGCCGACCCGUACGCCAAGCACUCCCAGGAGCUCUUCGCCACCGCCACCCUGCAGAGACCCGGCUCCCUCGCAG